AUGGCGACUUCCAAGCUUCAAGCUCUCUGGAAUCACCCUGCCGGACCUAAAACCAUUCAUUUCUGGGCGCCGACGUUCAAGUGGGGAAUCAGCAUUGCCAACAUUGCAGAUUUUGCAAAACCUCCUGAGAAAAUUUCCUACCCGCAACAAAUCGCGGUUACUUGCACUGGAGUUAUCUGGUCUCGCUACAGCAUGGUUAUCACUCCUAAAAACUGGAACCUCUUUAGCGUUAAUGUUGCUAUGGCGGGUACAGGCAUAUACCAGCUUGUUCGUAAAAUAAAAAAUGAUUUCGCAACGGAAGCCGAGCCUGCUGUUGCGAAAGAAUGA